CAUUCAAAAUUUUCAGCAUUUCCGCGCACAACAAAGAAGGAAGACAAGAUUUAUGGACGAAUAAUAUGUAAUUCUCAGUGAUUCAUUCAUAUUCUCUUCAACACGGGAUCUAAGGAAUCAAAGAUGACUUCAGUGGAAGGUGCUUGCAAUACCCGCAGUGGUGCUCAGAGACUGCUGUCGGGGAGCAAUGGUCAGGGAGCUGCCAUGGUAAAGGCUUCUUCUCCUUCCCCAAGCAACUACAGUGACAAAUUCAGUGAGUCCUGUCCUUUGGGCAUUACAGAUUGGAAGAAGCGGGUGAAAUCGGAGUACACAAGGCUCUGCUUUUUGAGGAAGGACAAACGAGCUGAUGAAGUGAAGAAUGCCUUUGCAGGGAACAGAGUUGAGAUUGAGAAAGAACUGGAGGGAGACAAGCAGUGGCUUUGUAAACAGUCAGUUCAGAAACUCAUUGUACCAGAGAUUUUGCCUGGCAGAUCAGCGAAAAAGUGUGAAGUUACCAGUAGCAUGGGAUUUCCCAUUCAGUCUGGUCCAUUGAAAAUAAUGAACCCGGUGAAGUCUAUCCCGACUAUGUAUAGCUGGGCUCCUGUGCAGCAGAAUUUUAUGGUGGAGGAUGAGACUGUCCUGCACAACAUUCCCUAUAUGGGCGACGAGCUUCUAGAACAGGACUGCUCUUUCAUCGAAGAGCUUCUGAAAAACUACGAGGGCAGAGUGCACGGUGAACGAAGUUCAGGGAUUGGCGAUGAUCUGUUUCUGGAGCUGGUCAACUCUUUGGCCACUCAGUACAAGGCAGAAAACGGAGAGGAAAAAGUGAAGAGAGAGCUGAAGGACAGUGUGGAUCAGUCGAUGGAGGUGUCGGAGGUACCAGUGGAGGUGUUUGAGGCUAUCUGUGCGGCGUUCCCAGACCAGGGGGGAACUGUUGAGGAGCUCAAGGACAAGUAUAAGGAACUGGUGGAUGCUCAGCGAGCCAGCGGCACAGAACCUCCCCCUGAGUGCACGCCUAACAUUGACGGUCCGCGGGCCCAGUCCGUUCCUCGGGAGCAGACUAUGCAUUCCUUUCACACACUGUUCUGCCGGCGCUGCUUCAAAUACGACUGCUUUUUGCAUCCAUAUCAUCCUACCCCGGGUAUGUUGUCCAGAAAAAUUCCUGAGAAGAAGCACAAAUUUGAACCUUGCAGUCCAGAGUGCUACCUCCACACUGUAAAGAUGGGUCAGUCUCAGGGCACAUCGGAGGAGAAGGACAGAAAGGAUAUGAAAGAGGUGCCGAAGGAGUCUGGCAGAGCCACGCCCCCUCGCCCUGAAGUCAAUGGGCGGAAGAGGAAAGCAAAUAAUGGUAGCAGUGCAACCAGCAGUGAGAAUAGUGAAGAGAGCAAUAACGCAGACGAUGUGGACAUCAAGUUUCCCCCAUGCACCAGUCCCACCACUGAUGAAUGGACUGGGGCCGAGGAGUCUCUGGUUCGAGUCCUGACGGGUGUGUACCGCAGCAACUACUGCUCCAUUGCUAAACUCAUCCGCACUAAGUCUUGCAAGCAGGUGUAUGAUUUUGCUGUGAAGGAAGAGGCUCACAUCCCUGAUGUAAAUGAAGAAACGACUCAGACUCCACCCAGGAAAAAGAAGAAGAAGCAAAGGUUGUGGUCCAUGCAUUGCCGGAAAAUUCAACUCAAGAAAGAUGGAACCAGCAAGACCGUGUACAACUAUCAGCCAUGUGAUCAUCCCGGCCAGCGAUGUGAUGAAACCUGUCCGUGUAUCAUGGCCCAGAAUUUUUGUGAAAAGUUCUGUCAGUGCAGCUCAGACUGUCAGAAUCGGUUCCCUGGAUGUAGGUGUAAGGCUCAGUGCAACACCAAACUGUGCCCCUGUUUCCUGGCGGUGCGAGAGUGUGAUCCUGACCUUUGUCAAACCUGUGGCGCUGACCAAUUUGAGACUCAAAAGAUUUCGUGCAAAAAUGUUAGUGUCCAAAGGGGACUUAGAAAGCACUUGUUGCUGGCACCCUCAGAUGUCGCUGGUUGGGGAAUUUUCUUGAAGGAGCCCGCAGAGAAAAAUGAGUUCAUCUCAGAGUAUUGUGGAGAGAUAAUUUCUCAGGAUGAGGCUGACAGAAGGGGAAAGGUCUAUGACAAAUACAUGUGCAGCUUUUUGUUCAAUCUCAACUAUGAUUUUGUGGUGGAUGCCACCAGAAAAGGCAACAAGAUUCGUUUUGCCAACCACUCCAUCAACCCCAACUGUUAUGCCAAGGUCAUGAUGGUCAACGGUGACCACAGAAUCGGCAUCUUUGCUAAACGACCUAUCCAAGCUGGAGAGGAACUUUUCUUCGAUUACCGCUAUGGUCCUACAGAACAGCUCCGUUUUGUUGGUAUAGAAAGAGAUGGCAUGAUCUAGCUCUACAGCAAGCAUUUAUCUGUUUCUGUGAAGGAGUUGUUUUAGUUUUUCAUAAAUUUGUUUCACAGGUUUCUGUGUGCCUUUGAAAUUUUAAAUUUGGUCUUACUACUACUAGUUAUUCAUGUUGUCCACUUGUUUCCUUUCUGUACAUGUACCAUAUAUAUGAUCUUGUCACUCAAUAGUCACACUGAAGGCUUGUUCACUCAGUAUACAUUGUAAAAAUAAAGGUAAUUUGUAGCAUGUAUGAAAAGGUCUUUCCCAAACUUCACUGAGCUGUGGUUGUGCAAAUUUUUACAGGCAUGGUAUGAUGAGGGUAUUGCACCUUACUUGGUCUGAGAAAACUGAUCGUUGAUUGUUUAGAAACUUGGUUUCAUUUUGGGAAUAAAAAGUGUACUGAUAAGUUUA